CUUAUUUUCCUUUUGUUAGACUGUGUAGUUAGUUUGGCAUUGCAUUUGUUCUUUAUUUCAGCUAUGUACUCGUGCAGAAUAUAAGCAGAAAGGACCGGCAGUAAAAGAGGUUUUUUUUGUAACACUUGAGCUGGGUUCAUCUCAAAGAACAACUUACAACAGAAAGCUCCAUGAAUGGAGUCCUAACCAAACCAACUGUAAAUAAUAAAUCAAUGUAUGAUUUUAACAUUGUUAAAUCCCCUACAGUCCCAUAAGGAGUCUAGGACUUUAGUGCAACGGGGACGCCAGCCUAAUGUUUCUCAUACCUUACCUCCCGCCACUCCCUCCCUGCCCUCGCUACAGGUGCCGCCCUGAAAACACGAAUAGGAAAGAGACGUUGAGCAGCUUUACCCACAUUUUCGAUUGGGAAACAUCUGAUUGUCAAGAAGAAAGAAGUCAAAACACGACGAUUUUUUGAUUGACACAUAGGCAAGCGCACCCACUUCAACGAUAACUGAUUCGAUCGGUACCUUUCGAAGAGGAAGGCAUUUGGAGGAGCUAUGAUGGGGGCAACGAAUAUAGGAGCCCUCUGUGUGUUGGUGAUCGUCUCCUUAUCAAGUGCCGAGGCUGCUGGAAUUCCUUCCAAGGAUUGGGAUUACAUCAUUUUUACGCAGCACUGGCCAGCCACUGUUUGCCUGCAAUGGAAAGCGGAGGGCACUGGCCACUCGUGUGCUCUUCCAAAGGCGAGCAUGUGGACUGUGCAUGGAGUAUGGCCUACAAAAAACAACACUAAAGGGCCCAUGUUUUGCAACAAAUCCCUACCUUUUGAUGAAGAAGCCCUGGCACCAAUUGCCUCAGAUCUCCAAAAUUACUGGAUCAAUAUAGACAUGCCUACACCUCCGUACUCGUUCUGGAGGCAUGAGUGGGAAAAGCAUGGAACUUGUGCUGCUGCUCUCCCUGCCUUGCACAAGGAAAUUGACUACUUCAGCCAGGGCCUUGAUUGGCUUAAAAAGUUUAAUAUGUACACUGCUUUACAAAAUCAGGGAAUCCAUGAGGGCAAUGCUUACAUGGUGAAGAACAUCAGAGAGGCUGUGAGGGUCCAGUUUGGAAAACUUCCUACGGUUCAUUGUUACAAAGAUUCGAACACCGGAAAGAGUUACCUCUUUGAAAUAAGGCUGUGCUUUGACAAGAGUCUUAAGAAUAUAAACUGCCCCAAAGCCUGUUCAACAAACUGCCCCAACGUCCCAAUUGAAUAUCCGACUUUGAGUGAUCUCAACAAGCGAGUGGAGGUAAAGCGUAAGUGGCUGCUUGAUCUUUUGCGCAUUGUUCGCUGGAUUCAAUGGAUCACUUACUAAAGUUUUAGAAAUUGUAUUCUGUUUCCAAUUUCUCAUUUUCUGCCUUCAUGUGUCAACAAAAAAUUUGGGAAAUACUUGAGAAGGACAUUCUCAUAAUGCUUUUAUGGGUAUUUUACUUCAGCAGUAUACUUUGAUGCUAAGUCUGCAAAUUUGUAGCCCAGUGUAAGUAGAUGCCAUAUUUGUUGAGUAGACAUAAAUUUCAAAGCAUAAAUUUUAGUGCAAAGCUGAGAAGAAUGAAAUUUUUUACUGUCACACUCAAACAAUGGAACAUGUUCACCUAAUUGGAGCAUUCUUUAGUUAAAAUUAUCAGGUGAUUGAGUCAGUGGUGUAGGUCCCAUUUCCUUGUACAAGACACUCAAGAUUUACUUCUGCUGUGAUAUCUCUUUUUCUUCCUGUUAGUUUGUCUUCUGUUUUCUUCCAUACCAGUAAAUAGUGUAUGGAGAGACAUUUAUGGCUUCCUCUCUGCUAGAUAUAUGCAUGACAUAUUCUGAAUCUUUGUUAGCUACCCUUUUUUUCAUGUAAGUAAAUUUUAAAUAUUAAAAUGUUGUCUACAAUACAUAGAACUACAUUAUAAGUAUGAAAAUGUGAAUUAGAAUAAUUUAAUUAUGUGCAUCAAUAUGAGAUUUCUAGUCAUCUAUCUCUUUCAUGCAUGGUUGUCUAUAUCUGUGCCUUAUUCUUGAAUCAAAUCUGAAAUGGUUUUUCUGUUUUUGCUCUCCUCUGCCAACAAUCCAUUUCAUUCCAUUUGCAGCUACAUUUUCUUGUGUGGAUGAAAAGUGUUUCCUGUACUCUAAUUAAAAGUUUUGUUUCUUCCUUUUGUCUGGAUUUAACUAAGGUGAACACACAGACAUAUUCAUGAUUGAUUGUGAAUGAUAUGAAGGCUGACUUACCUCUUUUUCUGUUAUUGUAUGAACUGAGAGGAAUCAACUGUACUGUUGAUACCUCUCUCUCUCUAUCUUUCCCAUCUUGUACUUUUGCUUCAUAUAUUAAGUUAUUGGAAUGAUUGUCUGAAGAUGAUGUCUAAUGCUCAAUAGUAUUCCAUCUUUGGAAAACUACUUCCACUCUCUAUUCUUACCAUCUGCAACGAAAAGCAUAAGAAGGAUCUGUGAUUUUGAGCUCUUGUGUAUCUUGUGUGACAUCUCAUGGUUGUGAUUUAAAGUACUGUUUACAUUGUAAAUUUUUCAUGUUGCCGGAAAAUUUUAAAAUUAACUCACAUAGAUGGUACCCCCACACUUACCAGUAGUCAAACUCUGCCCAAAAAUUUACCACCUUCCUAAAUUGUUAAUAAAUUUUACUGCUUUUAGAAUGACAGCUUGAACUUCUAAAGCCCUUAUAGUGACAUUUUCUUCAGUAACCUUUGUCUUGCAUAUUUUCUUAUUCAAACGAAAAUUUAGGACUGUGUAUACUACUUGUUAAUAUGGUGUUAAAGAACCAUAUUGCCGUUGGGGAAACUAUCUGUGUUUAAUCGGUGUGGAAAGUUGCUUGAAUCAUUAUAUUUGGUUCAGGAAAUUGGUUGGAAUAAAAUAUAAUGUAAUUUA